AAACACCAUUUGCAUUAAACUUAAUUAUGAAGAAACCGAUGAGUCAAUCGAAGAAUAAUAAAAGGGAGUGAAGAGUCUCUUAAUAGAAGACACUAUUCUCCUUUAAGAUCUUUCUGUAGGAACCUUGGAACUUCAGAAGACGUUGAGUCAACAAAAGGUUCAGUCAUGUCUUAUAUUCCUCCACAUAAGAGACACUCAAAUGAUCCGAACAGACCUUCCCCUGUUCCAGAUUCUCUUGAAAACUUAAAGAACAGCAGUGCUAAAGGCAAAGUUAUUACAUAUUCAAAAGAUGCCAUUUCCAAAUGGUUUCUUAUUGGUACAAAUGGAAUAGAGGAUGAGGUUCCUCCAUCUAUUAAGCUUGUCCCAGUGUCCUCAGAUUCUCCUGAAUGUAGAAGAUAUGGAGAUAAGUAUCUGGUAUUGAUGAACACUAAUGCCUCAAAAGUUGAGGAAAGUGAAGAAGAAGAGAGAACUCGGUGGAUGUUAAUAGCAGAGAAGGUUGAGAAGGAUCUUGCCUUUGCAUAUGAGCACGCUAAAAAGGGAAGCCAUCAUCUUCCAGAAAAUGUUAAACUGAGAUUGGUUGCUAGGUUUGGUAAACUUCUCUUUCGUAGGAGUCAAGCUGAGCACUGGGAAAAAAAAACGAAUAGGAUAUUCUCUACUGAUGUCCCAACUUCUUUCAUACAAAACAUAAAGUCUAAGGCUAUUCCAAGCCAUGGUUUCUGUUUAGACAUGGAGAAGGAAGUAUACGUUUUGCAGAUAUCCCAUCACACUCGUCCCCGUUCAACCAUCAGAUGUAAAUGUACCGUGAAGGAAGAUGGAAGUCUCAGUAUGUACAAGGCUGAGCUGAAUCCUCUAAGGCAUUUUGUUGUCGAUGUGUCCUGCAUUGAUAAGAGUCUAGACAUGAGGUUUAUGCUCGCCAGCAAAAGGAAGAUGAUGACUCUUACGGAGAAAGAGACAAGUAGCAUUCAAGGAAUGCUUGAUCUAGCGACUAUAGAUUCGAAUGUGGAAGGGGGAUUAAGGUGGCCGCUUGGUAAACCUUCAUCUGAAAAUGGAUACAGAGUAUUAGAGGUUUGUCAUGCUAGAGCGACUACAUACAAAAACAAAACUCUCAGGUUAAGGGUCAGAGAGACUAAUGGAUUUAGUGAGAGGUUUGGAACAUGGGAAGAUGAGAGAGGUGUGACUUUGAUUCUUCAAGACAUCAACACUAAGUUACAGGAGCAGAACACUGAGAGGGGCUGUGUUUUAGAAAUGCUUAGAGAUGCUCUUGGAACUAUGUGGGACUUCUUGCAUUCUGAUGUCUCUCUCACGGGAUAAAGAAUCAUAUGAUGUUGCUGGUGUAUUUCGGAUGCUGUUUAACUUUUUUUUUUUUGUGUGUGUGUUUGCAAUAAUGUUUCAGUGUUAUUUUUGUGGAUUGUUAAGGAUUGAACUUUUAUGUUGUCCAAAAAGAACAUAACUUCUGUUUUGUCAUGUCAAUCUGCCUACGUUGGUUUGGCUCUGAAACCUGUAAAACAUAGUGAGUAUUGAUUUAAUGCACAAUUAAAAGACUAGUUAUAUA